GUUAGAUUCGUGUCUAAAACUGAGCUCUCUCAGAGCUUAGGCAAUUUGGGCAGUCCUAUCGGAAUCUCCUCGUGAUACAUGGCGUUAGAUCUCAGGCCAGAUCAAUGUGAGCCGUUUGAUAUUUACCCGGUCGACCUUAGCCCUCGGAUAAAAUUUCAAUUGCAACAAAUUGUAAUAUCCAUACCCCCACCAAGGCAUUUGGGUCAUUUCACCGAGCGGGAUAUAAAAUGGUGGCGGCUCCCGUGAAGAGAACCUAGCCGCCUCCUCCUCCCUCACUCGUGUGCCCUCUUUUCUCAAUCCCCCCUCCCUCGAACCCUAGAUCUCUACUGCCGCCGCCGCCAAUCAGUCUAGAUUUGUAUCUGCGACGCCCACCUCGCCUCAGGUGAGCGGGAUCCGUCGUGCGAAGGCAAAGCUCGACAUAUAGGUCAGUGUGUGUAUGCUGCAGCUCCAAAGGGACGAAUGUCGAGGUAGCCACUGCUCCAGUUGAGGCUAGCACGCCGUAGGACCGACCGAAGGCCUUCUGAUCCAGCAAAACCCCCCCAAACCCCAUAUAACGAGGCCGCGCCAUGGAGUUCCACUUCCGCGCCGGCGAGGAGCGCUGUCCGUCGACGGGGGCCGCGGCUACGUCGGCCAACUCCGAGACAGCAGCCACGCGCGUGAAUGACGGUCUCGUCGGCGGCGACGGUGCGGGGUACCAUGGGGAGAGCUCACCGCCGCCGGCAUCGGAUCCGGACGACCUGCGGCGCCGGGCGGCAAAGGAGAGGAUAAGGGAGCGGAUCCUGCACGAGGAGGCGGAGGCGAUGGCGCUCGAGUUCGAGGUCCGGCGUGAGCUCAUGGAAGAGCGCACCAGUUUGCUCGCGCAGUUGGCCGGCGGGUCGGAAACUAGGGCAGCGCCGGCGGUGCCAUCGCUGAAGACGGCGCCGAUCGAUCACCAGUGUGUGCAGGUUGGAUCCAAAGUAGACGUGUCUGCGGCCAUGGCAGCCAAGCGGAAAACCCCUCAUGCCGCUGCUGCAUCCGUUGUUUCGGCGGCCACAGGCAGCAAGAAGCAGAAGCCUGCUCUGACUUGCACGGUGUGCAACAUCACGGCAACCAGUGAGGUUGCCCUGCAAGAGCACCUCAGAGGGAAGAGCCACGUGAGGAAGGCCGGUAAACCUGCGCAGCCUCACCCAGAGGAGGAUGUGUUCAGCUUGAAGGUAAAUGGGUCGCCAGCCUUACCGGCCAAGGGGAAAAACCCUGGUGUAGUUGUCACUUCGAUGGCUCUCGCUGAAAAAAGUUGCAACAACUUGGGUUUGAACUGCAUGGUCUGCGGCAUCACAGCAAGCAGUCAAAAGAACAUGCAAGAUCACCUCAAAGGGAAAAUUCAUAUGAGGAAGACUGCCAUGCUCGCGCAGCCAUAUCCUAAGGAGAAUGGGGUCUGCUCAAAACCAAAUGCAUCAGCAGCCAUGCUACCGGCCAAGCGGAAGAACUCCGACGUUGUCCCAGCCGCAUCCACCCUUUCAGCAGGGCCAAGCAGAAAGAAUCAGAAGCAGGAUCACCUCAAAGGGAAGGCUCACAUGAAGAUGGCGGCCUCGCUUGCGCCUGGGGAAGCGUGGGAAGAGGCAGAGGUGGAAGGCGGCUACACGCCGUGGAAGUUCGAGAUGGUGACCGGCUCCGGGACAUUGUGCGAGGUGGUGCAGCUGAACGGCUCCAUCCUCUGCGAGGUGUGUGACCAGCAGGCCCCCGACCGCGUCACCAUGAUGUGCCACCUCCAGGGGAGCAAGCACAUCUCCAAGCAGGCCAAGCAGAAGCAAUGCGAAGCCGUCGCUGCUGAUGGCGAUGGGCCAGGAUCAGAAAUGGUGCCCAUGGAGGCCAAUGGCGUGGGCCGGGUGGACGGUGGCUCCCUGCUGUGCGAGCUCUGCAACGUGAAGGUGGCGUCAGAGUGCGACAUGGAGUCUCACCUGUCCGGAAGGAAGCACACCAACAAGGCGAAGGUGGCUGCAGUUGGUGUAGGUGCAUGUGGCAACGGGUCUGGGUCAGAAACUGUGCCCAUGGAGGCCAACGGCGUGCGCCGGCUGGACGGCGGCAUCCUGCUGUGCGAGCUCCGCGACGUCAAGGCCCCAUCGGAGUGCGUCAUGCGGACUCACCUGUCCGGCCAGAAGCACACCAACAAACUGAAGGCCGCCACUGACGCCAGUGCAGGACAGGAGGUGAAGAAGGCUGCCGCCGCCGCCGCCACGAUCGGCAGCCCAUCCAAGGAAGCCGCCUCCAUCGUCGUCAAUGGCAGUGAUGACUCGGUGAAGAAACCAGCAGCGGGAGAGAUGGAGGUAGCUGUGUCAUCGGCAGGACAGGGGGUGAAGAAGGCUGCCGCUGCCGCCCCCACGAUUGGCAGCCCUUCCAAGGAAACCGCCUCCAUCAUCGUUAAUGGCAGCGAUGACUCAUUGAAGAAACCAGCAGCGGGAGAGAUGGAGGUAGCUGUGUCAUCGGCAGGACAGGGGGUGAAGAAGGCCGCCGCCGCCGCCGCCACGAUCGGCAGCCCAUCCAAGGAAACCGCCUCCAUCGUCGUCAUUGGCAGCGAUGACUCAUUGAAGAAACCAGCAGCGGGAGAGAUGGAGGUGGCUGUGUCAUCAGCAGGACAGGGGGUGAAGAAGGCCGCCGCCGCCGCCACGAUCGGCAGCUCAUCCAAGGAAGCCGCCUCCAUCGUUGUUAACGGCAGCGAUGACUCCGUGAAGAAACCAGCAGCGGGAGAGAUGGAGGUGGCUGUGUCAUCAGCAGGACAGGGGGUGAAGAAGGCCGCCGCCGCCGCCAUGAUUGGCAGCUCAUCCAAGGAAGCCGCCUCCAUCGUUGUUAACGGCAGCGAUGACUCCGUGAAGAAACCAGCAGCGGGAGAGAUGGAGGUGGUAGUGUCAUCGGCAGCGCCUCAAUUGGAUGUCGCCGCCCAGGUCUGCGCCCGUGUCUCCUCCGUGGCGCCCAUGGAAGUAGACGAAGGUGCUGCCAAAGCUGAACAAGAGAAAGCUGAUGCGGAUGAAGAGGGAGCCGUGGAGAUCGACGGAGGCUCCGCCGUGACCGGCGAGAAGUAUUACAUCAAGGCGGAGGGCAAGCUGUUCGUCACGCUGCGCCAGGCGGACGACAGCCUCUCGUGCGGCCUGUGUGCCGUGCACGGCUGUGACAAGCGCGGCAUGAUCAAUCACAUCUACACAAGGGACCACUGGCGCAGAGCCCGUAUCGCCGAGGAGAAGAAGCGGGCGGUGAACAACGACGGCACUGGCGCCGGCAUCCCGGUCACCGACGGAGUGGCUCAGGUCGACAACUGACGGCAGCCGUGUGUGAAUUUGGGACGGCGAUGUGUGCUGAAGUUUGUUGUGAUGUACUACCUUUAUGUGUGUAUGAACCUGUUGAGACUGUAUGUGUGUAUGGACCUGUUGAGACUCCAGUACAAUUGUUGAACCCUCGUGUGGGUUAAGUCUCAAGUGUGAGUGAACUUGGAACUAUCUGAGCAUUUUCUGCCAGUACAACUUGUUUUAGACUUCAGUACAAUUUCUUUCCAACUAUUUUCUGCCUGCAUCUUUUGGUAGUACUCCCUCCGUCCCAUAAUAUAAGAACAUUUUUGACACUAGUGCCCUCCGUCCCAUAAUAUAAGAACAUUUUUGACACUACACUAGUGUCAAAAACGUUCUUAUAUUAUGGGACGGAGGGAGUAACUUGUUUUCAAAUCAGCCAUACCAGCAAACGAUGCCUGGAGAAGAUCGCUCCCAGCCACACCAUUAUCAUGAUAACAGCAGUUUGAUCAAUAAUCUGGCUGCUGAUACAGCGCCCAUCAGGAGAAGGGAGAACUUCAAAACAGCAGGGUUACAAAGGCAGGCAUGCAAAAGGAUGUACUCCCUCCAUUCCUAAAUAUAAGUCUUUGUAGAGAAUUCGCUAUGGACGACAUGCAGAUGUAUGUGGAUGCAUUUUAGAGUGUAGAUUCAGUCA